AUGCCUCCCAGUAUAUUUGCAAGACAUAGCUCAGAGAUUGACUGGUGUGAAGCAAACUAUCUGCAUUCUGAAUAUGUGGCAGAAUACUACAAUACGGUCAGUAAUAUUUCCUUCCUUUUGGUGGGUCCCCUUAUGAUGUACCUGUUACACCCAUAUGCCUGCAGAAGGACACUGAUGGUUCACGGAGUCUGGAUCUUGUUCACUGUGAUUGGUCUCUUCUCUAUAUACUACCACAUGACCCUUAGUUUCUUUGGCCAGUUACUCGAUGAAAUCUCCAUUUUGUGGGUUAUUUGCCUUGGCUAUUCUAUAUGGUUUCCUCAGCCUUAUUUUCCCAAAUUCAUCACAAGCAGCAGGGGUCAGUUUGGAGGUGUGAUCUUCAUCAUAGCAUUGGUCACCACACUGAUGUCAUUUGUGAAGCCUGUAAUCAAUGCCUAUGUUUUGAACAGUAUUACUUUCCACAUACUGUAUGUUCUGGUGAAGGAGAUAAGAAAGUGCACUGACAAGGAAAUCAUUAAUGUAGCAGUCAUAUCUUUUUUUUUUUUGUGGUUGAUGGCCAUUUCAUGCUGGCUUAGUGAUCGUCUCUUCUGCAAUUUUUGGAAAAGGAUCAACUUCUGUUACUUGCAUAGCUUCUGGUAA